ACUGUUCAUUAGUUUUGUUUGUACCGGAUCCUUCGGAUCCAGCUUUGUCUUGCAUGUUUUUCUUUCUCUCUUCUAUCAUACUAUCACACCCCUACGCAUGUCCACAGACCCUUGGUGCGCAGAGCGUCAUUUUGUGCCAGAAACACGCAGAGAUCUUACCUCUCUGGUUUAGUUCGAUUGUUGGUAGAAUAGUUGUUUGUCCCGUAGUUGUAGUUGAAUAUCUUUUUUUUGUUAAUAUUGGUUGUAAUUGAUAUUGCUACAUUUAAUAAGUUCUGUUGCAGUUACUGUUUGUGGUUAUUUGUGCGUAUUUCUUUUUUAACAGCUGAAGUGUGAUAGUGCUCAGAUUCAGCCCUUCUUUGUUCAUCUCCCAGAUAUUGGCACUUAUAAGUGGCCCUGACCUCAGAAUGAUUUUGUAGUUUGGCCAUUGGUCCCGUAUACCAGGUCCCGUAAUUAUUAAUCUAAUUAGUACUUUUAUGAUUAUUAAUAACCUUCCAAUAACCAAACAUGCCCCUACUGGUGCACAACAACACAGACAAACAAGAAACACUAGGGAGAGGAAAGCACCAGAGACACAAGGAAGGAGGGAGAGGCUGUGGACUGCAUCAUCUGUGUACAAAUUUAAAAUAAAUGCUAAUGCUAAUUACAUCUACUAAUUAUAUGACCAAGGAAAAGCUUUUAAACUGAGCAAAGAACAUGGCCCAUUCCAUUCUUUGUAGAGUAAUAUUGAGCCUGUGGUUAUUGGUAAGGGAGGUGUGGUUUUCCUCUUAUUUCCUGUGUCUUCUCGGUCUUUCUUUUAAUGUAAAUGUUGGGUUGGGUUUAUAUUGAGGUGUUGUCUUUGGUACGUCUACUGUUUCCUCCUGCUGUCUAUUUGGCCAGUAUAUGCAUACAUAUGGCAAAUUAUCAAAGGGCUCACUGAACCGUUUGAUGAGUAUGAAAAUCAUAUGAAUCAUGUGUCACGCACUUAGCAGUCACGAGAUCUCAACCCAGCUGACACCUUGCAUGUUACACAACACUCUUUGCCACCCUCAUCAAAACAAAGCCUUCAGGUACUAUGAUCCCUCCUAUAGAGAAGCUGAAUCCUGGUACUUUAGGGCUUGAUCACAAAAAUAAGUUUGUUUUUGUUUUUUGUUUUGUUAGUUUUGGACAAAGUUGACCUACAAUUACAACUUAAAUAUAAUUAUAAUUCACCACAAUAAAAAAUAUAACCCACUGUGACAUGAAAGGACUUAAGUGUUAAUUAAUCACAAGGACAGCACUACUUUCUAUAGCAAAAUCUAUAAAAAAACAGAAACAUCUCUAGUCUAAAAACCUACAUUUUUUCUCAGAGUAUGUGCCCUGAUUCACAAAAGGUUAAAAAAAAAAAAGGAAAAGAAAAAAUUUGUGACGCAAAGAGGUUGGCUUCCUGUGGUGCGAAAAAGAUAAAUUAAACCUCAGUUCCAUCUCAUUCACUGUCUGAGACAUCAAAAGCACCAGGGCAGCCCCCAAGAGUGGCACUCAUCUCCACUGAAACAUGAAGUGUCCGCAGCUCCUGUUCGUGUGUUGGUGCUCCAGCAUCCUUACAGUGACCAGCUGCUUCAGAGCUGAUGGAUAUUCAUGUGUGAGUGCCUACUGGAACACAAUUACUUGUGUGUUGAACAUCACUGGUAAUCCUGUGGGACAGUCCAUCGCCACCUACAGCCUGAAAUUCAUUGAAAAUUGGAAGAAGCAGAAUUACGCUUGUCCACUUGUGUCAAUGAAUCACAGUUACAGCAGUGUCUGUGAAGUUACAGAGAGAAAAACUUUUAACCAUAGGCAAAAGUAUUCCAUAUACCUUUGUAAUGAAUCUGUCUGCCAUCCUCUACUGGAGGAAUUUAUCCCAUCACGGAACAUUCAGCUGACACCCCCGGAUGACGUUAAGGUCCAACCAACACCAGAAGCUUUCAACAUCACUUGGAAAAGUGGGUAUGAAGAACAUAUGUUCUUCCAGUCUCGACUUGACUACAAACUCUUACUUCAAAAAUCUCAAAGCAGCUGGAGCAAAAAUCUCUCCGAAACUCAGAAGUUUGUAUCGAUUCGAAGAGACGAACUUGAUGCAUAUGCUACAUAUUGCAUUAGAGUGAAAUCAAAGCCUUCUUCACACCUUUACAAAGGAGCUUGGAGUGAAUGGAGUCCACUGACAUGCUGGAACAAUGAUGUGCAACAAGGAGAACAAGAUAAUAAAUUAGUCAUUUUGAUCAAAUCUCUGGCCCCGGUGUGUGUGGUUGCUGGAGUUUUGCUGUUUGUGUUCUACAGUCCUGCUGUGAGAAUGAAGAUAAAAACUCUGUCCUACACGCCAUCGCCAGCCCCUUUCUUUCAACCUCUGUUUGAACAAAAUAAAGGCAAUCUCAAGGAAUGGUUUUCACAUCAAAGCAAGUUUGCACAAACAAGCAAGACUGAGGAGAUCCUGAUAACCAGUCCUGUGACUGUUGUCCCAAAACCCAUCAAAAAGGACCAAGAAGAGAACCAGGACUUCAAUAACUCAUCAGUAGCACAACUGGAUUUCAGUCAGUGUCAAACCUCUUAUGUUGGCUUACCUGGGAUGCACGAGGAAGCCCGCCAUCCUAUGACUGUGGUCUGUCCAGGUGACACUUCUUACACUCAGCUCCCUUCCUCUGUCUGGGGCUUCGGCGUUGAACAAGUACAAGCUUUGUCCUUUCCACCUGAAGAUUUCUUAGAGAUCAGCAAUGCUGACUCUGGUUGCAGCUGUGAAGACCUGACCCAAAGCCCAGACUGCAGUUUACUGCACAGUGCCAUUGUUGACAGUCUACCAACAUGUUACUGUAGUGAUUACUGCGUUCUGAACAAAACAGUAGAGGGUGUUGUUCCUGUUUUAGUGUCCAAAUGAAGAGACCCAAAUAUCCCAUUUGAUACCCAAAGAGAGGAUGACAGCUAAACAUAAGAAAUGAUCCCGUCGGUUGGUUUGGAGAAAGAGAAAUUCAUUCAUUGAGGACACUGAUCUCAGUGUCCUCAAUGAAUUAUGAAUUAAUUGCUACUUUUCAGAUUAAGCUUUUGCGUUAAAAAGCUUUUAAAAUACAACACAUUACUGAAAAUUAAACAAUUUUCGUUUGUCACUGCUCACAAAAAAAGCCUGGUUUGGGCCCCUGUAACAUUUCUGAUUUCUAUGAAUGCUACCUGACAUUAUAAACGUAGUUAAAGCUUGCUUCUCUUCAACCUGCUACAACAGUAAAAUGCUGCUUCUGCAUGAAUGUACCAGUAUUAAUCUAAUAAUGUCAUGAUACUGUGUCAGUCACAGGGGACAAAUUUCAAGAAUGAGUACUUUUACUUUUAUGCUUACAUUCUAUUUUUCUUUUAUACAAAAUGCAAGAAUUUUAAAUACAGGACUCUUACUUGUAAUAGUAUUUUUUAGAUUGCUGUAUAAUUACAUUUACUUUGAGUAACUUCUGUACCACUGCUAAUAAAAAGGCAGUUUAGUGUAUUUGGCUUUCACAUAUUAAGUUUGAACAGCCACAUACACUUAUAAAAUACAACACAAUGUCAGUCAUUAAGCCAGUCAACCUUUUUUGCUUGUGGCUCCUUACAAUAAAGCUGUGUCUUACUUGG